AUGACAGUUACAUACACUUGGUGGAAGGAAGCCGCUAUUUACCAAAUCUGGCCCGCCUCGUAUAAAGAUUCCAACGGAGACGGCGUGGGUGAUUUGCCUGGCAUCAUCUCCAAGUUGGACUAUGUUAAGAGCUUGGGGGUAGAUAUUAUUUGGUUGUCUCCCAUGUACGAUUCGCCUCAAGACGAUAUGGGCUAUGAUAUCCUGGACUACGAAAAAGUCUACCCCAAAUAUGGCACCUUGGAGGACAUGGACAAGUUGAUCUCGGAGGUUCACUCCCGUGGGAUGAAGUUGAUUCUUGAUUUGGUCAUCAACCACACUUCUGACAAGCACAAGUGGUUUGAGGAGUCGAGGUCGUCCAAGACAAAUCCAAAGCGUGACUGGUAUAUUUGGAAACCACCUAGAAUCGAUGAGCAGGGCAACAGACACCCUCCUAACAAUUGGGGUUCGUAUUUCUCAGGUUCCGCAUGGAAGUAUGAUGAGUUGACCGACGAAUACUACUUACAUCUUUUCGCUGAGUCUCAGCCAGACUUAAAUUGGGAGAACGAAGAGACCAGAAACGCCAUCUACGCUUCGGCACUCACUUUCUGGUUCGAAAAGGGCAUUGACGGCUUCAGAAUCGACACCGCUGGUAUGUACUCUAAAGUGCAGAGUUUCCCUGACGCUCCAAUCGUGUUCCCAGAUUCCGAGUGGCAGCCAUGCAAAAAGUACCACCAGUCUGGUCCUCGUAUCCACGAGUUCCACAAGGAGAUGUUCGCCAAGGUCACUUCCAAAUAUGAUGCCAUGACUGUGGGUGAGGUUGGCCACUCUACCCGUGAAGAUGCUCUCAAGUACGUGAAUGCCAAGGAGAAGGAGAUGAAUAUGAUGUUCUUGUUCGAUGUUGUUGAAACCGGUUCCAAGCCAGAGGACAGAUUCCGCUAUGAUGGUUUCACAUUGAAGGAUUUUAAGCAAGCUGUCAUCAACAUGAGCUCCUUCACUGAAGGCACGGACGCAUGGUCUACAGUCUUCACCGAGAACCAUGAUCAACCUAGAUCCAUCACUCGCUUCGGAAACGACUCUCCAAAACACAGAUUCAAGUCCGGCAAGAUGUUGGCAACUUUGCAGGCCGCUUUGACCGGUACUUUGUUCAUUUACCAGGGCCAAGAAAUUGGCAUGACAAACGUUCCAAGAUCAUGGCCCAUCGAAGAGUAUUUGGACAUCAACUCCAUCAACUACUACAACCAGUUCAAGGCUGCUCAUCCAGAUGACAAGGAAGCCUUGGAGAAACUUUUGGACACCAUCAACUUAUUAGCUAGAGAUAACGCUAGAACACCUGUGCAGUGGGACGACAGUGACAAUGCAGGCUUCUCCACUGGCAAGCCGUGGAUGAGAGUCAAUGAUAACUACAAGGAGAUCAAUGUCGCGUCUCAAGUGAACGAUAAAACCUCCCUUUUCCACUACUGGAAGAAGGCUUUGGAGGUGAGAAAGGAGUACAAAAACCUUCUCAUCUAUGGUAAACUCAACGUGUUGGACUUUGACAACGAAAAGACCUUCACGUUCACCAAGACACAAAACAAGGAUAUUGCCUACAUUGUCUUGAACUUCACGGAGGAAGACGUGAAGUUUGAAAAAUUAGUCAAGGGAGACUACUCUCUCGUUCUUUCCAAUGUCGACAACGCCGACUCAGACAUUUUAUCUCCUUACGAGGCCAGGGUUUACAUCGUGGAUGAAACUUCCUAA